AUGGUCAAUAGAGGAUGCUCGACUCCAAAACUUAAAAAUAUUGAUGGGACAUUUGGGAUAGGUAAUUUGGGCAGAUGGGUGACAUUUUCAAGGUUGUGUUUCACAGAAAUUGGUCCCAAGGAUUUAACGAAUAAUAUGGACUAUACUCAUGCUAAAGAAAAGAGAAGACUUAGAAAAAUAUAUUUGGAUAAAAAAAAAUCCAAAACUUAUUUUUCUACUUCAGUCCCGGAUAAUUCAUCAACCGUACAUGUUUUAAACAGGAAACAGAAUGAACGAAUGAGCAUGUAUUAUAAUUAUGCUAGAGAGAGAAGAAAGAUUAGAAAGUUAUAUAUGGAUAAUAGAAAAUCCAAAAGAAUCUCCAACGCAUCAACCGUUGAAAGUCCAUAUAAUUUAGAUGUUUUCAAAACGCACAUCGAUGAAAUGUGCAAUCUUUCUGGACAACCGCUACCUUCAACGAGCUCAAAAAAUAUUCGUAAAGAAAAUACAAGCAACUAUACAUCGUUCUCAAAUCAGCAAAGAAGCUUACAAUCUCCUUCUUUAAUUCUAAAUGUUAGAACACCAUUAUCUAACAUUUCGAAUGAAAUGUGCAAUGCUUGUGGAAACUUUCUACCUUCAAACAACUCAAAAAAUGUUGGUAACGAAAAUACAAGCAUAUAUAGUUCUUGUAAUAACAUCCAAACACCAAUAUCAAAUAACAGACAUCACUCUUUCUUUUCCAAUGGCAUGCAAUCCCUCGACUCCUCGACUAUAAUUCAACCUUCUUCUUCUGAUAAUUUAACAAGACGAACCCAGAAAUUAAAAAGGAAGCCUACCAACAUAUCCGCAAUUCCUAUGUUUGACUUUACAAUACACGGAGAAGUUAAUGAUCAACAUACCCAUGCAAACAUAGCUAAAGGUGUAUCAAAAGAUUACAUUGAUCAUGGUGAUCAGAAUGUUGUAUGUCAAAUAUGUAAUGCAAAGUUAUGGACAGCUGAAUCUAUUAGAGGAAAAGAUAAACAAAAUACAAGUUUUUCACUAUGUUGUGGUUAUGGCAAGGUUGAGUUGCCAGAUUCUAAAAAAGCACCACCAAGUUACCUAAAUCUUUUUCGUUCAACAGAUUCUAAAUCCAAGUACUUUAUUAACAACAUUCGUCGUUACAAUUCAAUGUUCUCAUUUACCUCAAUGGGUGGGAAAGUUGAUGCAUCCAUUAACAGUGGAAAAGCUCCAUUCAUAUUCAGACUUGGCGGUCAAAAUUAUCAUAGAAUUGGAAGUUUGUUACCCUCAAAUGGAGCUAAACCAAAAUUCUCUCAGUUAUACAUAUAUGACACCGAUAAUGAGGAGUCAAAUAGGCAAACAAUUUUUGGUCGACAACAAGAUGCAUCUACAUCAACUGGUGAUUCAGUUGAUCUUCAAAUUAUACACGAUUUGAAAGUUAUGUUGGAUUCAAAUAAUGUGUUGGUUCAAACUUAUAGGAUGGUGAGAGAUUGUUUCCAUGAUAAUCCUCACAUUGACCUUAAGUUACGCCUUAUUGGAAAAAGGAUACAAGAUGGAAGGACAUAUAAUUUACCGUCUGCAUCUGAAGUUGCUGCUCUAAUUGUUGGAGACAUUGAUGAUUCUUUUCAAAAUAGAGAUAUCAUUGUACAAAAUUCAUCGGGCUCUCUUCAACGUAUUAGUGAAUUACAUCCUUCUUAUCUGCCUCUUCAGUAUCCAUUACUCUUUCCAUAUGGUGAUGAUGGGUAUAGAGUAGACAUCCUUCAUCGAGGUCUAACAAGUUCAACCAACAGCAAGCGCCCUAACUGUACAAUGAGAGAAUUUUUUGCUUACAGAAUUCAAGAUAGGAUUAAUAGCUUCUCAUUAAUCCUUAAUUCAAGAAGGCUUUUCCAACAAUUUUUGGUUGAUGCUUAUACAAUGAUCGAAAGCGAGAGACUUUUUUUCGUACGAAAAAAACAAAAAAAUCUUAGAUGUGCAUCCUACGAACAUCUUCGCAACGUACAACAUCAAGGGAAGACAACUUUUUCCAACACUGGACAACGUGUUAUCUUACCUUCUUCUUUUACUGGUGGUGCACGUUACAUGCAACAGAACUAUUUGGAUGCUAUGUCCCUUUGUAAAUGGUUUGGAUAUCCAGAUUUUUUUAUAACUAUAACAUGCAAUCCAAAAUGGCCUGAAAUCAAAAGGUUUCUUAAAGACACAAAUCUCAAACCUGAAGACAGGCCAGAUAUUCUAUGUAGGAUAUUUAAAAUAAAGCUUGAUGCAAUGAUUAAAGACUUGCGAGAGAAAAAAUUAUUCGGAAAAGUUAAAGGAGUUGUUUAUACAAUCGAGUUUCAAAAGCGCGGACUGCCUCAUAGUCAUAUAUGUCUCUUUUUGCACUCCGAUGACAAACUCCGUACUGUUGAACAAAUUGAUAACUAUAUUUCGGCCGAGAUUCCAAACAUUAAUGAAGAUCCUGAUUUGUAUUCACUUGUGAGUGAGUUCAUGAUGCAUGGUCCUUGUGGUGCUGAAAAUAUGAAAUGUCCAUGCAUGGUUGAUAACAAGUGUUCAAAAAACUUUCCGAAAAAAUUCUCCAAUGAAACUUCAGCCGAUGAAGACGGUUUUCCGAUAUAUAGGAGACGAAAUGAUGGAUGUUUUGUUGAAAAGUCUGGUGUCAAAUUGGAUAACAGACAUGUUGUUGCUUAUAACAAAGACCUUUUGAAAAGAUAUCAAGGACACAUUAAUGUCGAGUGGUGCAAUCAAGCUGGUUCUAUAAAAUAUUUAUUCAAAUAUAUCAAUAAAGGUCCUGACAGAGCUAUACUUGCUGUCAUACAAUCGAACAAUGAAAGUGCUACUGAUAAUUCAGUAGACGAAAUCAAAGAGUAUUAUGAUUGUAGAUAUAUAUCUGCAUGUGAAGCAUCAUGGCGAAUUUUUGGUUAUGAUAUUCAUUAUAGGUAUCCUUCUGUGGUUAGGCUUCCUUUUCAUCUUCCUGAUCAACAACAAGUUGUUUUUGAUCCAGAUGAUGAUAUCGAGAAUAUCCUUGACAAACCGUCUGUUGCAUCUUCAAUGUUCACAUCUUGGCUUGAGUGUAACAAGAUCUAUAAACAAGCCCGAGAUCUUACUUAUGUUGAAUUCCCGACAAAGUUUGUGUGGAAAGCUAAUUCACGGAAUUGGGAACCAAGGGAAGUAGGAUUUUCAAUUGGGAGAAUUCAUGCGGUUUCGCCUAAACUUGGUGAAGCAUAUUUCUUAAGAAUUCUUUUAAACAAGGUCAGAGGUCCAACAUCUUUUGAAGAUAUCCGAACAGUAAAUCGAGAAAUAUGUCCUACUUUUAGAGAUGCAUGUUACGCUUUAGGGCUUCUAGACGAUGAUAAAGAGUAUAUUGAAGCUAUUAAAGAAGCAAGCCAUUCAGGUACUGGUUAUUACCUACGGUCAUUAUUUUCAAUGAUGUUGAUCUCUGAAAGUUUGGGAAGACCAAUAUUUGUUUGGGAAAAUACAUGGGAAUACCUUUCUGAUGGAAUUCUUUACAAUCAACGACGCCGGUUAAAGUCUCCUGAUUUAUCCCUUACUAAUCAUCAAUUGAAGAACUUGACUUUGUUUGAGAUUGAAUCAUUUCUACUUCGUAACAAUUCCACCCUCAAGAACUUCCAAGGCAUGCCUUACCCAGAUUUUGAUUGUGUGUCUUCUUCUAAUAAUCGUUUGAUUGCUGAAGAGUUAUCUUAUGACAUCACAAGUCUUCAAAACGAAUUUCAGACACUAAUUGUUUCAUUAACAAAUGAACAACGAGGUGUUUUUGAUGAUGUAAUGGCAGCAAUUGAAGAUAAUAAAGGAGGUGUGUUUUUUGUUUAUGGUUAUGGUGGAACUGGCAAAACCUUUCUUUGGAAGACUUUAUCAACAACUAUCAGAUCUAAAGGUCAAAUUGUUUUGACUGUUGCUUCAAGUGGUAUUGCUUCUUUGUUACUAACCGGAGGUAGAACAGCACACUCUCGCUUUGGUAUUCCAUUAAAUCUUACUGAAAAUUCAAUUUGUUCUAUCAAUCGAGACAGUGAUGCCUCCAAAUUACUAAAACAAACAUCGCUAAUUAUUUGGGAUGAAGCACCGAUGGUUCAUAAGCAUGCAUUUGAAGCAUUGGAUCGCACUUUAAGGGAUGUUUUAAGUUUUGGGAACGUUAGGAACUCACAUAUCCCGUUUGGAGGUAAAGUAAUCGUAUUUGGAGGUGAUUUUAGACAGAUUCUACCGGUUGUUCCUAAUGGUAGCAGACAAGAAAUUGUCAACGCGUCGUUAAGUUCAUCAUAUAUAUGGACAAAUUGCAAAGUUUUGAAAUUAACGAAGAACAUGAGGUUGACUGUUGGAAAAGAUCCGUCUGAAAUACAACAAACAAGGUUAUUUGCAAAUUGGCUCUUGGAUAUAGGAGAGGGAAAUGCUGGUGGUUCUAAUGAUGGUGAUGCAGUUAUCCGUAUUCCUGAAGAUCUUCUUAUUACUCAAUCUUCUGAUCCUAUCGGUUCAUUAAUUGAGUUUGUAUAUCCAUCACUUCUUGACAACUUGAACGAUCCCAAAUAUUUUGAAGAAAGAUCAAUACUUGCACCGAAAAAUGAAGUUGUACAAGAAAUAAAUGAUCGUCUGCUUUCAUCGUUUCCUGGAGAAGAAAAAGAAUACCUCAGUUCAGAUAGCAUCUGCCAAACAGAGUUUCUUCACGAUCAAUUUGAUGAGAGUUUAUAUUCACCUGAUGUUCUAAAUGGACUUAAAAUCUCCGGUUUGCCAAACCAUAAGUUGAUUUUAAAGGUCGGUGUUCCGGUUAUGUUACUAAGAAAUAUCGACCAGAAAAAUGGGUUAUGUAAUGGUACUAGACUUCAGGUCGUAUCAUUGGGUAAUCGCAUCAUAGAAACAGUGGUCUUAACUGGAAGUAACAUUGGACAUCGAGUUUUUAUUUCAAGGUUGUCUUUAACACCUUCAGACAACAAAAUUCCAUAUAAGUUCAAAAGGAGACAAUUUCCCCUAGCGGUUUGUUUUGCUAUGACCAUAAAUAAAAGUCAGGGCCAAUCGUUAAAAAGGGUUGGGUUGUUUUUGCGAGAACCGGUUUUCUCACACGGUCAGUUAUACGUUGCUUUAUCUAGAGUAAAGAGUAGAGAAGGACUGAAGUUAUUGAUUUUAGAUAAGGAUGUGUUUGUUUUUUUGUGUGCAUAUAUGCGUGAUCUCUUCUAUUUGUGCCGUGUAGACUAUGCGCAGACAUUAGUCUUCGCAGACGGUUUGUCUUUUUUGAAGACGGCUGAGCUAAAAAUGUCUGUGAGCCCUCUUCUGGGUGCAGAUGUGGGCCAGAGUCUUCUAACAUCUUCAGACAUAUUCUAG